UUAACUUAUUGCACCAGUGUAAUAGUGCAGCUAAAAAGAACAGGCCAAGAAGCACAGCUAAUCGUUUAUCGUAGUUGUACCUGGUUGUACUUUAGUUGUGCUUCUGAGACUCAAAUAUUAUUUUUUUCAAUGAAGUAUAAUUUUAAAAAGCUAUGGUUGCUUAGUUUAUUGUAAUAAAACAAUUUAAACGUGAUCUCUGAUUUGUAUGCGAUUUAUAUCGAUAAACCACUACGAAAAUGUCUGUGUUUUUCGUAAAUGCAAAUCAAGAUAGUGAAGUAGAGGGCGACUCAAAUGGCGACUUGCAGAUUGCCUCACCAGGCAAUUCCGAAGCUCAGCAAUCAUUGGUACAUUUCUGGCCAAAAGUCAUGGAAGAAAUAAAAAACAUCACCACUAUGGAUCUUAAAACGCAAUCCUUACCAUUGGCAAGGAUAAAGAAGAUUAUGAAGCUAGAUGGAGAUGUAAAAAUGAUAAGUGCAGAAGCACCUAUGCUUUUUGCCAAAGCGGCAGAGAUCUUUAUACAUGAACUGACCCUCAGAGCUUGGGUGCACACAGAAGAUAAUAAGAGACGAACUCUUCAACGAAAUGACAUUGCGAUGGCAGUUACAAAAUAUGAUCAAUUUGAUUUUCUUAUAGAUAUAGUACCUAGAGACGAAAUAAAACAAAGUAAAGCACAGAACGAGGCCACUGUACGAACGUCUAUGAAUUCAGACCAAGUUCAUUAUUACUUCCAAUUGGCACAACAGCAAGCUUCAGCGAAUCAAGGUGUGCAGAAUAAUGGCGCUACCACGCAACCAAUACAAAUUGUCCAACCUUCUAGUGGGCAAAUUCAGACUAUUAAUAUUGGCAGUUCAGUAGACCAGGAGAGCACCAACACGACUACAGCACAAACAGUUACAGUUCAAAGUCCACAGCAAUCAUCUAAUCAACAAAUUAUUCAAUUGCAACAAGCGCAACAAACAUCCACCACACAGGCUGGAGGAAUACAAAUUGUACAACAGAUUGUCACUCCUAGUGGUGAAAUUCAACAAAUACCUAUUCAGUUGACUCCCCAGCAAUUGCAGAUGAUUCGCAUGCAAGUACAAGGUGGGAGCAAUCAACCGAUUAUAAUACAAACCGCUCCAAUUCAGACUCAACCACAAUUAAUACAAGUUGCACAGGGCUCUCAAGCUCCAGUUUUCUUACAAGCCUCAAGUGCUGAUACCGAAUAAUAUUAAUCAAUUUUAACUUUUCUUUAUCUAUAUUUAUGUAUAAAAAAACUCAAUGAAAAAGCGAUUUUGAUAGAUUAUACUAUCGUUUUAUAAUUGAAAUUAUCUGUUAAAUUAAUUGCAAACGUAAAAAAAUUUUUUUUAUAUUUAUAAGUAAUUUAAAGUAAAGAGAAAAAGAAAUAAUUGUUCGAUAAUGGAAAUUAUCAAGCAAUUAAUCUCUAGAAUAAUUGUAUUUUUUCUGUUCAAAUUUCUUUUUCUGCGUAUUAACAUUUAUGAAAUUGAUAAAUUUAUCACACAAUAAUAAAUAUAUUGUAAUACUAUCUCGCUUUAUUAUUCGCUAUUCUCUGAUGAAAUAUAAGGUGUACUAAAAUGAUUACUAGCAAACAAAAAACGGACACAGUGUGGUAAUUAUCAAAACAUUUUUUAAUAAAUUUUUAUUUACUAAAAAUUUUUUUCUAUGCUGUGACGUGUUUAGCAUUUCUCAUAUUGUAUACUUUUAUCUUUUUAAACAUUCUAUAGAAAAUUAUUCUUUCAAAAAUAUCUCUGUUCAUUGUGAUUGUGCGUCCGAGCGUUGUUAUAAGUUGAUCGAAGGGUUGGUCACUGAAGCGAAAUGAGAUGAAUCGAGACGAUGUAAGGUGAAGAAUAAAGAUAAGCAGCCAAUGCAAGAUGUAAUCUGAUUCGUACGUCGCGUUCCUUAGCCACUGGCUGCUUGCUUCGCAUGGCUGAGCUUAGGACUGGCUGGUGCAACUUGUAUUAUGUUUCACGUUGCUGUGGUUCUUGUCUGGCGAGUCUUAACGCUCAGAACCUCGACAAUAGCCUCGAAACGUCACGUAACAGUAACUACACACACAGUAUUCUUAUUCGUUAAUACACGCUAUUAACAUAAAACUAUUAAUCGUAAUAUAAAAAUAUAACAAGAGGUAAUUAUGUGGUCAUUAAUUUGUAUUUAUUUGUGGAACGCAUACAUAAAUAUAUUCUUUAUAAAGUCA